AUGGCGGGCCAGGUCCUCCAGGCCAACCUUAACCGCGCCCGCCGGGCUCAGGAUCUUUUCCUCCAGAGCCUGGCGGAGCGCGGUUACGCGUUGGGCAUCGCGGCGGAGCCCUUCAGGCCCCCCGCGGACAGCCCCAGUUGGGCCUGGGGAGGCAUCACCGUGGUCGGGGUCUACGUGUCCCCGAGCCUGAGUCUCGCCGAGUACGAGGGGUUCCUGGACAGGCUGGGGGGGUGCAUAGUUCGGCACCCCCGCGGCCUGUUGUUGGUCGCCGGGGACUUCAAUGCGAAGUCCGCGCUCUGGGGUUCCCGGCGGCCGGACGCGAAGGGCGCGGUGCUGGCGGACUGGGCGGCGGGUCUGGGCCUGCAUUUGUUGAACGUGGGCUCGGACAGCACCUGCGUGCGGUGGGCGGGGGAGUCCGUGGUCGAUCUGACCUGGGCAUCUCCGGCCCUCGCGCGUCGGGUGUCGGGGUGGAGGGUGUUGUCGGGGGUGGAGACGCUGUCGGACCAUAGAUACGUGUCUAUGGUGGUGUCUCCGCCCUCGGGCUCCGCCCCCCGCCAACGGGGGACGGGCGGACCCCGACCGCGGAGAUGGGCGCUCAAGGGGCUGUCUGGUGACAGACUGGUCGCCGCCCUGCUCGCGUCCACGUGGCCGGAGAGGCCGGAGGGCACGGUGGAGGAGGAGGCCGGCUGGCUCGGGGACAUCGUGACGCAGGCGUGCGACUUUGCGAUGCCCCGGGCCGGCCGGCCUCGGCGACGGCCCACCUACUGGUGGAGCGCGGGAUUGGCGGAGCUGCGGCGCGCAUCGGGGCGCGCCUGGCGCCGCUUCUCCCGCGCCCGUCGCCGGGGGACGGCGGCGGAGGUGGACGCGCGCUACGGGGAGCUCCAGGAGAGACGGAGCUCCCUGAGGGCGGCGAUCAGGGACGCCAAGGCGAGGGCCUGGGAGGAGCUCCUCCGGUCCGUGGAGGGCGAUCCCUGGGGGCGUCCGUACCGGCUCGUGAUGGGCAAGUUGCGGCAAUGGACGCCCCCGGAGACGGAGGAGAUGGAUCCCCUGGAGCUGCGCGGGGUCCUGGACACCCUCUUCCCGGCGGGAGGCGGGUGCCCGGGACCCCCGGAGUGGAUGACCUCCGAGCGGCCCCAGGAGAUACCGGGGAUCGGUCCGGAGGAGUGGGCGGGGAUCCUGCGCCGGCUGCGGGGCCAACGGGCCCCGGGGCCGGACGGGAUUCCCAGCGGGUCUGGGCCCUCGCGAUGGAGGUCCUGGCCCCGAGAGUGA